AUCAAUGUGAAUAAGAAUUACAUGAGCCACCCUAUUCUUCCUUUUCUUAUUUAUUGGAACAAAGUGACCAGAACUAUGAUUAUUAGCUGAUAACAUCGAACGCCUUCAAUGUCUAAGAAAACUAUAGCAUCAGCUGUGAUCAGAGAAAUCGAUAUGCCAGCUGCAGCAGCAAGAUAAAAAUCUUCCAUCUGGUACUAACAUGGCCAGUUUUCCAGCUUCCCUUCCAUGUUCAAGCAGUCGGGUUCGUAAACAAGUAUACCAAGCAUUCUUCAACUUGCAAUAGCUUUUAUGAGUCUGAGGGAAUCAAGAGAUAUCUUCUGUAAAUUUUGUAUUGAAGAUGUUUUGAUUGCAGACAAUGAGAAGUAGGGAUAUAACAGUGAUUUAAAUUGUACUCAUUUUAAAAACUAUGUGGUUCUCUACACCAUUUCAGUUGCAAGUAUCUGAUUUCUAUGGUCUUAAUCUCUUUUCAGUUUUCCUUCUAUAACUAUGCAAAUUUAUUUUCGGGUUUUAGGUCUUAUUAUCAAGGUUACAAAAUGAAUAUGGACAUGAUGAUAAAGACAUUACAGAAACGAUUCAAGAAAGUUCGGGAUGAAAUGGAACGGUGGGAAGAACUUCAAUCUCGUUUAGUUUCUCAAUUCAGCAAUGCAGCCUCCAUCAUCGGCCGAUUGGAAGUGCUCAAGGAUAUCAAGAAUUAUGGUAAUUUGAGUUGUAUCGAUGGCAUUCAAGAAGCUGUGUUGAAUAAGCAAAUGGAUUCAUUACAGAAUCUUUUUCUUUUGAUGAAAGACACACUGGAAGAGCUUCAUGGCAUUACUUUGUCUCUCGGGAAAAUUCAUCGCGAUGCUAGGCAAUUGAUUGAAGGAGGGUCUAAUCAGCUUGGUUCGAAACAGUUGCAUCUACAGAUUGGUGUAAAACCUACUCUUGCUUAUUGCUUAGACGGGCUUAAACAACUUCACGAAAUGCAUCAAUCCGAGUACAAUCUUAAAACAUCCUUGUUCUCAGGACUUUCAGUACUUACCUUGAAACCCAAUCCAAACGAUCUAAGUACACUGCAGCAACUCUUGAUCGAUCAACCGAACAUACCGAAAGAGGAAGUUGAAACCCUCUUUCAAAAUAUAUUUGCAGAAGAUGAUUAGAUUCUAAAGGAAGAGUUUAAUAAUUUUGAUGGUAUUAGUGAAUUUAGAUUAUUACUUAAUCCUAUUCUUUUAUGUUAUGGUUAGUUUAAUUGAGUAAUUUGUUGCUGGUUUUUCUUACAUAUAAUAUACACUAAGAAAUAUUUUCUACCAAUGAAAUAGUAUUCUUUUAUUUUUUAUUUUUCUCUAUUUUACAUUUGACUUUUAAGAUGGUAUUUAUAAUUUUAUAUCAGUAUCACUUUUCUAUCAA